GCGACGCUCUGCAGACGACAUAGUUAGUCGCCAUGAUGCUCAGCUCGAAGGUCCACACGUCGCGCGCCUCGGUGCCCAGGUCUGCCAAGUCCGCAGUUCCCUUCACCGGAGUUCGUCGCGGCACAUCCGUCCGUGGCUCUGCUUCAAUGGCGCCUGUCGCGGGCGUGACCGUCAAGCCGGUCCCCACCAAGCCCUAUGAGGGCCAGAAGACCGGUACUUCGGGUCUCCGGAAGAAGACGAAGGAGUUCAUGCAGCCGAACUACCUCGCCAACUGGGUCCAGUCGCUCUUCAACGCGCUGGGCGAUGAGGUGAACGGCAAGAGCCUGGGCCUGGGCGGUGACGGCCGCUACUACGGCAAGGAGGCGGCUCAGAUCAUUAUCAAGCUGGCUGCCGGUAACGGCUUUAAGAAGGUGGUCGUGGGCCAGGACGCGCUGAUGGCCACCCCCGCCGCCUCCGCCCUCAUCCGCCGCCGCCACCUGUACGGCGGCCUGAUCAUGUCUGCCAGCCACAACCCCGGCGGCCCGGAGAACGACUUCGGCAUCAAGUUCAACUACAACAGCGGCGAGCCCGCGCCGGAGCGCAUCACCGACAAGAUCUUUGGCGAGACCUCCAAGGUGGCCACGCUCAACAUGGCCGACAUCCCCGACGUCGACCUGUCGAAGGUGGGCGUGACCAAGUUCGGCGAGUUCGAGGUGGAGGUGGUGGACCCGGUGGCCGACUACCUGGCGCAGCUGAAGGAGGUGUUUGACUUUGCGCUGCUGAAGAAGUUCCUCAGCCGCAAGGACUUCACCAUGGUGUUCGACGCCAUGCACGCCGUCACCGGCCCCUAUGCCAAGCGCAUCCUGGUGGAGGAGCUGGGCGCCCCCGCCUCCGCGGUGCUGAACGGCGUGCCCUCGCCCGACUUCAACGGCGGCCACCCCGACCCCAACCUCACCUACGCCGAGGAGCUGGUGAAGAUCAUGUGGGCGGACGAGGCUCCCGCCUUCGGCGCCGCCUCGGACGGCGACGGCGACCGCAACAUGGUGCUGGGCCACAAGUUCUUUGUGAACCCCAGCGACUCGGUGGCGCUCAUCGCCGCCAACGCCCAGGCCUGCAUCCCCUACUUCAAGGGCGGCCUCAAGGGUGUUGCCCGCUCCAUGCCCACCUCGGGCGCUCUGGACCGUGUGGCCGCUGCGCUCAAUGUGCCGUUCUUUGAGACGCCCACCGGCUGGAAGUUCUUUGGCAACCUGAUGGACGCGGGCAAGUGCUCUGUGUGCGGUGAGGAGUCGUUCGGCACGGGCGGCGACCACAUCCGCGAGAAGGACGGCCUGUUCGCGGUGCUGGCGUGGCUGUCCAUCCUGGCCUACCGCAACAAGGACGUGCCGGAGGGCGGCAAGCUGGUGACGGUGGCGGACGUGUGCACCGAGCACUGGAAGCAGUACGGCCGCAACUUCUUCAGCCGCUACGAUUACGAGGAGUGCGCCAGCGCCGAUGCCGACAAGAUGGUGGCGCACCUGCGCGACGUGAUCGCCAAGUCCAAGGCCGGAGACAAGAUCGGCGAGUUCACGCUGGCCACCGCCGACGACUUUGAGUACACGGACCCCAUUGACGGCUCCAAGGCCUCCAAGCAGGGCCUGCGCUUCGUGUUCACAGAUGGCUCCCGCAUCAUCUUCCGCCUGUCGGGCACUGGCAGCAGUGGCGCCACCAUCCGCAUGUACAUCGAGCAGUACACGGCCGACCCCGCCAAGCUCAUGCUGGACGCGCAGGUGGCGCUGGGGCCCAUCAUCCAGGUGGCCCUGGAGCUGUCUCAGCUGCAGAAGUUCACCGGCCGCGAGCGCCCCACCGUUAUCACCUAAACACCUGGCUUGAAAGAGCAGCGGCAGCAGCUGCGAGCGUCGGCAGCAGCAGUUGCAGCUGGCGGCGCCUGGUUCAGGGUGUGCUGCCAACGGUGACGGGAGGAGGCCUGGUCGUGUGCUGCAGGCGUUCAGAAGCCGACCAAGGCGUUGUGGAGUGGGCUUGGAGUGGGCCCAGUUAACCGGGAAGUUGGGAUGCAGGUGGCCAUUAGGCGCACCAUCAAUGUGAGGCGCCGAACGUCGUCGGAUUAUCGGUUUGAGCGCGGUCUGUAGGUUGACGAGAGCUGAAUAAUGACGCGCCCCCGUGGCCGAUGGCGGCGCGAGGCGUUUGAGAAAGCAACUGCUGCCGCCAGCAGUAACACCCGGACAUUUCGGGAUCGAUUUUGUCGUCUGUACGGAUGAGCUAGAGGAUUGCAUUGAGCGGAUUUGUACGCAUGACGGUUGCAGUUGUGAGUUUGGGGCACGUGGAGGUCCUGGAGUUUUCCCAUAUGUUUGUGGCGUCUCUGCAAUGUAAGAUUUUAAUUCAUGU